AUGGGUUCUACGGUAGACGAAAUAAUUUUGGAAACGGCAAAAGAGUUGCUCAGUGAUGAGUUAUUGGUUGUUCUUGGAGAUCAUGGUAUGACAUCUACUGGUGAUCAUGGUGGAGAUAGCGAUGACGAGACUCAUGCAGGAUUGCUUAUCUUCUCGCCUGGACAUGAAUUUCCUCCUCUGAAAGAAGGUUUGCGACAAAUAGAUCUUGUGCCUACCCUGUCGCUACUGCUAGGUUUACCUAUUCCAUUCUCUAAUCUUGGGAUAGUGAUAGAGUCGCUGUUCCCUCAGAAUCUCAUUGAACAGGCUAUCGCCUUGAAUUAUGAGCAAGUGCGAAGGUUUGCCAAUACUUAUGCUGCAGCAAAUCCAUCAUUUGAGAUAUCAGAGAUAAUUUUACAUGACACUAUGAAGCCUGGGGAGCAGCUAAGGUUAGAUCGACUUAUAAUAAUUUUUGAUUUCUCAAACAUAACUUUAGAACACACAGUCUUUUAAAU